CUCGCUGCGCCCCUGUAACUCCUGGGGCGGGAGCGUGUGGAUGGGGACCACAUAGAUCGGCGAAGAGGAUGUCGAGGCGCAGUGGCCGUUUGCAAGCAAAGCAGAGCAAGCCAGAGGAUCAAAAGGAUGACUUUGGAGAGAUGAGAAAAAGAAAGGGUGAAGAAUGUCCUCAAAAUGACCAUGAAAUGGAACUGAACAAGAGAAGACGACAGUUCCAGAUAAAGAAUUGCUGGGCUCCCAUAGUGCCUGGAGGAGUGAGUCCUUGCACCCUCAUCCCCACGCCGCACAAAGAGACCGAGGUCAUUGAAGACUAUUCCGGGUUCACACAAUACAGGUUUAAAAACCUGUUCAUAGCCAAGUCACCACUGCCAGCCCUCAGCUGGGGAAACUCUGAAGCUGUAUGGACAAAUAUGCUGAAGAAAGAAACCAAGUAUACUCAUAACAAAAAUGUUCUAUCGCUACACCCUUCCCUGCAACCAAAAAUGAGGGCAAUUCUGCUGGACUGGCUCAUAGAGGUUUGUGAAGUGUACACUCUGCAUAGAGAAACCUUCUACCUGGCUCAGGAUUUCUUUGAUCGAUUCAUGUUUACACAAGAGAAUAUUCAUAAAAGCAAGCUGCAGCUCAUAGGCAUCACCUCACUUUUCAUUGCUGCAAAGCUAGAGGAAAUCUAUCCUCCCAAACUGCAUGAGUUUGCAUAUGUCACAGAUGGUGCCUGUACAGAGGAUGAAAUCCUUGAUAUGGAACUCCUAAUUCUAAAGGCAUUAAAUUGGGAGCUGUAUCCAGUGACUGUUAUCUCCUGGUUGAACCUUUACCUUCAAGUGAUCUGUCGAAAGGAACACUGUAACAUGCUGCUGCCUCAAUAUUCUCAGGAUACUUUUGUACAGAUAGCUCAGCUUUUAGAUCUAUGUAUCCUUGACGUUGAAAGCUUGAGUUUCUCGUAUAGUGUGUUGACUGCUGCUGCUCUCUGCUACCACACGUCUGAUGGAGAUGUUGUUAAAGCUUCAGGUCUACAGUGGGAUUGUGUUUCCACGUGUUACAAUUGGAUGAGCCCAUUUGCCAAGACACUGAGUGAAGGAGAUCAAAUAAAAGUAAAGGAUUUCAGACAAGUUACAGAUGAAGACAGACACAACAUACAGACGCACACAAACUACCUUGGGCUGCUGGAUGAGGCCCACGUCAGGCAGGCGGAAUGCACAUCCAGGCUCUCCCCCUUAUCCAUAGGAGGAAUUCUGACUCCACCUAAAAGCACUGAAAAACCAUUACCUGGUUCGAUGCAUUAAUGAUGGAGAUUUGCCAGGAGACAGAAGGGCAGUGAAGUGCAGAAAGUGCCAGACACCGUAGCAUGGGUGGAUCGACUGUGGAGUUUAUUACAGUGACCAUGUGGCAGCUCAACUGCCAGGAGAAACAUCUGGAAAGUUAGCAUACCAAAGUGAUCAUUUUAGGAAGAAAGUUGCAACAAAAUGCAUCUCAUGUUUGGAAGGAGACCUGGGGGCCAUUGAAGAUCAGCUCUGCCAAGUUCUGUCUGAAGCAGAUUGUGUUAUAUAUAGUGUGUUUGGGGAAGGUUACAUCUUUUUACAAGUCAGUGAGGUUUACUGAUAUGGCAGCUAUUGUGUUUUGAUACUGCACGUUUUGUAAGGCAACAUAUACCAACCACUCAAAUACAGUGGAAUAUAAGAGGAAAAAGACAUUCCUUGCUUUUAUAAUUCUUCCCUAUUCUGUUUUUUUUUCUUUCACAAUUUUACGCAUUGGGAAGGCUGGUAUGAAGAUGAUUUAAUCAAAGGCUGCCCACAAAGCAAGGGGCGGUGAAUGGGAAUGAGCUGCGUUCAGCAGAAAGUUAUAAGACUUUUGUCAAGAUUUGUGGAUGGGGAGAAGCUGUAUAAUUGGAACUUUCCGAAGUACAGCAAGAUUGAAAGGUGGCAUGUUCUCCAUGUGCAUUUUGUAAUGGAGGAAUCCUAAAUUAAGCAACAUCAGGUUUAUUACUCUGGGUGAGUGUCCAU